GCUGGCCGACCUCCGGCCCCGGCCGCCCUUAGCUCUUUAAGAGCGCGCGCUCUAGGAAGGACCGAGGCCGGUCCCUAACUGAGGUGUCGCGAGAAGCGCCGCCGCCGCUGCGGCUACUUCUCGCGAUGUUUGGCGGCGCGAAAGGCGGCCAUUUUGGAGUCCCCCCUGCUGGUUGCUCCGGCGGCGGCGGCGGCGGCGGCGGCGGCGGCUCCCAGGCUGCUGCAGGGACCAAAGCCGGCCCCGCAGGUGGCCGGCCCGCCGACACGAUGUGGCGGCUCCGCUGCAAGGCCAAGGGCGGCACUCACGUUUUGCAGGGGCUGUCCAGCCGGACCCGCUUACGGGAACUUCAGGGCCAAAUCGCCGCUAUCACCGGGAUCGCCCCGGGCAGUCAGCGAAUCCUCGUCGGCUACCCGCCCGAGUGCUUGGACCUCAGCGACCGGGACAUCACUCUUGGGGGACUGCCCAUCCAGUCAGGUGACAUGCUGAUUGUUGAAGAAGACCACACCAGGCCAAAAGCUUCUUCCCCUGCAUUUUCAAAACAUGGUGCUCCUAGUUACGUCAGGGAAACUUUGCCUGUGCUUACCAGAACUGCAGUCCCGGCAGACAACUCUUGCCUCUUUACCAGUGUGUACUAUGUCGUUGAAGGAGGAGUCCUGAAUCCAGCCUGUGCCCCUGACAUGAGACGUCUCAUAGCCCAGAUUGUAGCAAGUGAUCCAGACUUCUACAGUGAGGCAAUACUGGGAAAAACAAAUGAAGAGUAUUGUGAAUGGAUCAAAAGGGAUGAUACUUGGGGAGGAGCAAUUGAGAUCUCAAUUCUUUCUAAGUUUUAUCAAUGUGAAAUAUGUGUAGUAGACACACAGACAGUCAGAAUUGAUCGUUUUGGGGAAGAUGCGGGAUAUACCAAAAGGGUUCUGCUCAUCUACGAUGGUAUCCACUAUGAUCCACUUCAGCGGACCUUCUCUGAUCCAGAUACUCCUCCUCUGACCAUUUUCUCCUCAAAUGAUGAUAUUGUUCUUGUACAAGCACUGGAAUUAGCUGAUGAGGCUAGAAGAAAGAGACAGUUUACUGAUGUAAACCGCUUCACCCUGAGAUGCAUGGUGUGUCAGAAGGGGUUAACUGGACAAGCGGAAGCAAGGGACCAUGCCAAGGAGACAGGCCAUACCAACUUUGGAGAGGUGUGAUCUGUUCAUAAGAGUUGGAGCCUACUACCUCACAGAUCCAGAAGGCUCUGGGUUUUCCAAUAAGCUAUUCAUAAACUUACAGAAUAGAAGAACACAAUGCUUGGACCAUCGUUUUAACUUAAACCAGUAUGACUGACACUGAAAUUCCUUGUUAAGAUUAAAAUUAGUGUGCAAGUUUACAGGUGUGUGUCUACACUAGUGGCAUGCCCUCUUCCUACUAGGGUGACAGAAUAUGUGGCUUGUGCCACUUCUGAUGCUAACCUGAAGACUGGAUUCUAUUAUAAACCAGCACCCAGCGGCUUUAACUUAUAGAAGAAAACAUCAUAUUUUAGGUAAUGUGGGAAGCCUUGCGGAGGUUCACUGGACAUAUACUGCAGUGUCUCCAGUAGCUGAUUCCUUUUAAUAACUUUGAAUGAGUUAGUAGUUUCUAAAUUCUGAUUGAUUCAUCAAAUGAAGAUACUCAGAAUUGUCAACUUUUUGUAUUGCAAUUUGGUAGACUUUAUAAGUGUAUCUAACAACUUAAAAUGCAUAAAAAGCAAUUUUACAGGGAUGUGUGCAUUCCUUGAGAAUGUUAUCUAAAACAGGAAUGGGGCCCUGUUUGAGAUUUCUAGUGUAUAAAAGUAGAAUGUAUAAGGGGGAAAGGUGCCUGAAGCAGCUUACUGAAGCUUUAAAAGACUGUUGGCCUCAUGUUUUAAUGCAAUUCCUGUGUUGGUAUUUGUCACAUUAGAUAAUUUUUUUAAUGAAGCAGGGUAUGCCUUUUUAAUUGCUAAUUUAGUUUAAAAUUCAAGAAGUGUCUUGAAAUUUGGGUGUUUUGGUUUUUUUGGGGUUUUUUUUGUCUUGUUUUUCUUUUGCUGUUUUACAUUACAUUUGUCUGGAGGGAUUUCAUUUCCUCAGCUGUCCUGCUAAAAGCACUUCUUCCAAACAAGUCUUCCUCUAAGGUGUCAAUGCUAUGCUUUGAUUGAUUUCAUAAAUGUCUUUUUCAUAGAUAAGUGUUCAUAGCUCCACUUUGAUCUUUUAGAUAGCCCACAUUUCUGCAAGUUAGUACUUUGUUUACCUGUGAUCUUUGACUUUCAGUUUUUAAAUAAUUGAUUGGGUUUGUUUCACUUCUAAAAUAUAAAAAGUUUUAAAAUCCUUGCCUUACACAGCUCUCUCAGAAUUCUGCUACCUAAUAUUAUAUAUGUAGCCAUUUGCUUGAUGGAUUAAUCCACAAGGCACACCCACUCAAAACUUAACUUCACUAUACAAUCUUCCAGGUAAAGUUUUCUACCUCUUAAUUCUUCUAAAGAUCAGGGAUCUUUAAGUUACUAUUUGUGUGUUCUGUCAUACAAUGUAAAGAGGCAUACUGUUGUGAAUUUUUGUUAUCUCCAUCUUAGAUUUAUUAAGUAGCUCAGACAACCAUCAGUAUACUUUAAAGAACUUACAUCUUUUCCUGUGUAUCUUAGCAAAUGUUUUCAAAUUAACAUCAACCUUUAGCCUUCUACUUGGUAGUGGUAGCAAUGUAAAAUCAAGGAAUAUUAAAGUGAACAAUUUAGAAAGUUCCUUUAAGGAACAAUUGAACAAUUCACAAAGUAUGCUUCAAUCAUCAGGUGACAUUCUAUUUUGAUUUGAGACAGAGUCUCCCUGUGUGUUUCUGGCUAACCUGGAAUUUACUAUAUAGACCAGGCUCUUCAAACUUGAAGUGGUCCUUCUGCCUCAGCCUCCUGAGUGUUGAGAUUACAAGCAGGAGUCACCGCACCCGGCCGAAUGACUUCUUGUAAACCUUUCAUGCACAUAGCCAGUCAGGCAAUGGCAGUUAUUAUAGUCAUAUAAAUUGAAAAUACUUAAUUUUUGUGCCUGUUCGUUUAUUGGUUUGUUGUUGUUUUGUUUUUUUUUAAACUGAGCCUUAAACAUAGUACCAGUGAGGUUAGGACACUGAACGUUUGGCAUUUGUGACAUGUGUAAAUGACUCUCACAAAAGUCUCUUUGGUCCAGAUGAUUUUUUAUCUCUUUCAUUUCCUCUAUAAAAUAAUUUAAUUUAAAACUAUACAUUAAAAAUAUAACACUGGGUAAUAUCUAUCAAUCGAGUUGUAUGCAUCAUAUUUAUGAAGUCUGCCUUCCUGUACCUCUUCAGCAUCCAAAUUCAAUGUUUCUGAAAUUUUGGAUCCAGAAGUUUGUUCAUGCAACAAGUAUUUAUUGAAUAGCUUAUAAUGUAUAGGGCAUGUUCUAUUUUUUGAAGAUAAAUUCCUGUCGCUUUAAAUUUUGUCUGUUAUCUCCAGAGGGUUAGUUUAGUGAAUGUAAAGAAAUAGAAUAAGUGCUUAAAAUUCAAAUACUUUAAGUGUUUUUUUGUUCAUCUUGUUUAGUAUUUAUUUAGGGAUUUAGGGGAUUUUUGUUUUUCAAGACAGGGUUUUUUUGUGACUUUGGAGGCUGUCCUGGAACUAGCUCUUGUAAACCAGGAUGGUCUCGAACUCACAGCCUGCCUCUGCCUCCCGAGUGCUGGGUUUAAAGGCGUGCACCACCACCUCCCAGCCAGGGGAUUAUUUCUUAUCCUAUUUUAUCUUUUACCUAGUUUGUCCAGUAGCCAGGUAGACACUGAUAGUCAUAUGGCUUUCAAAAAGGCUUUUUAAAUAUUUGCUGACACGAAAACUGGUUUAGUGUUCUAGAACAUUUAAGGUGAAAUAUUAUAUGCAAAUUAUUUAAUUAUUAAUUUAUGUUCUUUCUAAAUACAAGCUGGUAAGCCUCAUAGAAUUUAAAGGGUUUUGUUGUUGUUUUAUAUUUUUUGACUAUGCUUAUUAAGCUCUUGAAAUUAUUGACUAAACUCAUUUUGAAAAUUUUGAAAAAUCUGUGAAUUUAGUUGCGUCAUAACUAAAAGAAACUUUGUUUUAAUGAAACCCUUUUGUUCAGUUUUUGCCUGUCCUGCAAGAAUUUCUUUUUUAAUUAAAAUGAGGCAGUUUACAUUAGUGUGGUAGAAUACUAGUGGUAGAGUAAAAAUUAUACUUUUGCCCUCACUACCCCAUUCUUCCCUCAAUCUUCUUUGGAUUAAAGAUUCAGUGUGUUCAGGGUAUGAAAAUACCCUCCCUAGUCAUGGUAUUAGUCCAAAUUAAUAUCCCUGGGAAUUUUGUGAUAGUCAUAUGAAGACAUCCAGGAUGUUACCACAUCUUUUAAAAGCCAGUGAUUCAUGGUUAAUUUCUUAAUUGCUCUUUGUGAAUGAGAAGUGGACAUAAUCAAAUGGUUACUGGCCAGCCUAACCCUUUUGUUAGGAACUAAUACUAUUAUGCCAUUUGAAUAGUCUGUGGAGUCCCAAGGCUCAGAAAAUCAGAAUCCAAAAGUAGCAUUACUUCCCUACCUAUAUAUCCCUCUAACUGCACAUGCAUAACUUGCUUGUCUAUCUAGCUUCCUCCCUUCCAGCUGCCCCUGUUGAAUUUUCUGUCCAUUUGGAAAACUUCAGAAGAAUGUAUGUGAAAUUAAGCAACAAUGAUCCAUAUACACACACGUUAUAUAUUUUAAAAAAUCAGGUAGCCUUAAAUUUACAUAUACUGAGAAUUACAUUUUUUCCUGUGUUGAAACAUUAUUUUUGCAGCACUUUAAAAAUUGGAAAAUGAAAGUUUACAUAGCCUUCCACAUAUCUUGAGGACAGGAAAAAUACAGCCUUGAGCAUCAGUAUUUUCUGUAUCUUCUGAUAAAGUCUAAUUUCAGUCACUAUUAGGAGUUUGGUCUGUAAGAAAUGUUGUUUCUGUAACAUCAUUAUCACUUGUUUUACAGUAUUCAAAUUCUGUUUACAGCAUAGAGUUUUUAAAAGAAAGAGUAGACUCAUCAACCCUUUCAUUCAUUUUUAAGUAAGCUUAUAUUAGGGAAAUCUUUUUUUUGAGUAAGAUAUACGAGCAAUAUUUGUGAACCUAAAGGAAUACUUGAUUUGAAUAAGCUAGCUUGUUUCUCAUGGUGAUAGACAUCAAACCAGGGCUUUGUGCUUGCGAGGUAAGUGCUCACUGGUCAACAUCCCCACGCCCAGGGUGGUUUCUUAAUAACCAAUGUAAUAUGUCAGCACAUCCAACUCAAUGAAUGUAAGACUUCCUUGAUUGUGAUAGGUAUUUUUCUUCAAAAAUUAGUAUUUGUUUACAGUGCUUUGAAUAUUUCAUUUGGAAAACAAAAUGUUUAUAUUGAUGCUGAAUUAUGGAGUGUUUACAUCUUAAUUUAGUAGGAAAAAGUACUAUUAAAAAGGCAUGAAUGUAAGCAUUUUGCAUGGCAUGCUUUUUUACUUCUCAUUUUAAAUAAAUUAACCUGUGUGUAGGAAUUUAAGUAUAGUGAAGGUGUAGUUAAGUUACAGGUAAAGAGGUUGAGAGUUUCUGCUGAGGUGAUAUGUCUUGGCACCAGAACUGGUUCAGAAUGUUUAGUUAGGUAUAAUUCCCCCUAAGUUACUUAAAGGACAAGGGUUUCCGUUCAUAUUUUUUACCAUUUAGGACUCAAGGUGUCACAGGAAAUAUACUUAUACCAAAUUAAUUUUUCCUUUAAGAAUGCCUAAUAAGUACAUAUUAUAGCUUGUCAAAAAGGAUAAAGAAUGAGAAGUAGUCUAUAGAGGCUGUUUUAACACAGUAGAGGCAGAGCUCCUUAAGUAAGAAAACAGCCAUGAAACCUGAAAUGCAGAACUCUAGAACAUAAUUGCAAAGAUAUUAAAUGGGGCCAAACAGAAAAAAGAGUUGUUUUCUUAGCAUAAGAAAAUGUGUUCUUAGUGAAGAUGGACAGUGUUGCUUUCAAAAUGUUCCCUUGGUUAUUUGCCAGCAAGUUUUCAAAGUUCAUGCACUGCUGCUACCUGGAAGAGGUCUAACUUCAUGAUUUCUUUGCCUUUGUUAUUAAUAUGCAUUAAUUUUAUUUAUGACAUGUGAUUUUUUUCAAUAUCUAAAUGUAUGAAGUGACUUGUAUUAAAGGAAUAAAUGAAGUGAAA